GCUCUGCGCCCGCUCCCGCUCCCGCGCCGCCGCUGCCCGAGGCGCCGCUUCGCCGGGGUCUCGCCGUCUGCAGGGCCCCGGCCGGAUCCCGCCCGCCGCAGCCAUGGACGGGGACCGGGUGGAGAUAGACGGCGGCAUCAUGGAGGGGGGCGGGCAGAUCCUGCGCGUCUCCACGGCCCUGAGCUGCCUCCUGGGGCUGCCGCUGCGGGUGCGCCGGAUCCGGGCCGGCAGGAGCCAGCCGGGCCUCAGGCCUCAGCAUCUGUCUGGAUUGGAGAUGAUUCGAGACUUAUGUGAGGGGAAGUUGGAGGGCGGAGAAAUCGGUUCAACAGAAAUUACCUUCACUCCUGGGAAGAUCAAAGGUGGAACCCACACAGCAGAUACAAAAACAGCAGGGAGCGUGUGCCUGCUGAUGCAGGUAGCAAUGCCCUGUGUGCUGUUUGCUGCUUCCCCAUCUGAACUUCAUUUAAAAGGUGGGACUAAUGCUGAGAUGGCUCCUCAGAUAGACUACACAGUCAUGGUUUUCAAGCCGAUCAUUGAAAAGUUCAAUUUCACGUUCAAUUGUGAGGUAAGAAAGAGGGGCUACUAUCCCCAAGGAGGUGGUGAAGUUACAAUCCAAAUGUCACCAGUCAAAGAGUUGAGCCCAAUAAGCUUAACAGAACGUGGCACUGUGACAAAGAUAUAUGGAAGAGCAUUUGUUGCUGGAGCACUGCCUAUAAAACUGGCAAAAGACAUGGCAGCAGCAGCAGUGAGAUGCAUCAGAAAAGAGAUCAGGGAUCUUUAUAUUAACAUUCAGCCGGUUCGAGAACCUGACAAUCAAGCCGUGGGAACUGGAAGUGGAAUAAUUAUUGUUGCAGAGACUUCAACAGGUUGUUUGUUAGCUGGGUCAUCACUUGGCAAGAGAGGAAAGAAUUCUGACAAAGUUGGCAUUGAAGCAGCAGAGAUGCUGCUUAGAAAUCUUAAACAUGGUGGAGCUGUGGAUGACUCUCUACAAGACCAACUGAUCAUUUUUAUGGCAUUAGCAAAGGGGGUGUCCAGAGUGAAAAGUGGACCAAUUACACUUCAUACUCAAACUGCUAUACACUUUGCUGAACAGCUAACAAAGGCCAAAUUUACUGUAACAAAAUCAGAAGAGGAAGAUCCUAGUAAAGAUGCUUACAUCAUUGAGUGCCAAGGAAUGGGGAUGAUCAACUCAAACUUGUAGGGUUUAAAAAAAAACAAGCUGACAAAAGCAAAACUCAACAUACCUCACUGAUGUACUGCACUACAUUUCAGUGGAUGUGUAAUAUACUGGUGAACAGGAGGAUCCUUCUGUCACAUCUGCUUGAUUUGAUUUAACUUCAAGGAGGAUGUCUAGUUUUCCUUUGGCCUGCUGAAAAUCUGUGGUGUGUAAAAUGAAAACUUUUUUCUUUUUUUUUCUUUUUUUAACUGUUAACAGCAAAAUGAGCACAGACAGAACAGCAAAUAAAACAAAUGCAUGUGUUCGGCAGCUGAGAGCAUCAGUUAGAAGCUUUAAGAAUUCAGACUCAUGAAAAUAGAAAAUUGCUAUUUCAUUUUCCAAAAAAUAUUAGAUGAUACAUUCUUUCCCCUUAAGAGCAUCUAAGUUUGAUUCUUUGGGAUCCUUUAUGUAUUGAGGUAUCUGGAAUGAAGUGCACCAUCAAAUCUAGCUCUGUUCUUCUUCUGUAAUCAUUUUGCUUAAAUUGUGAAGAAAAAAUAAAGCACUAUCAUAUGAAAA